UUCUCAUAUUCUGAGUGCUCAGUACUCACUACCCAUUUUAGAUUCUCCUCGUCGAUGCCCUUAAAGCCUUACUCACUUUCUCUCUCCUCCCACCCGCAUCGAUCUAGCCACUUACCAAUUACCAUUACCACCAAAUUAACUUCAACUUCAACCCAUUUUCAUCCUCUCUUUCUCUCUCCUCCAAUCAACAACAACACCAAACUUCACUUUCUUCUUCCAUUUUCAAUUCAACUUUAACUCUUCACUUUUUCUCUCUCUCUCCUCACUUUUUCUCUCUGUCUCUCAUAACUCAGAUCUGCUCCAACUCACCGGAUCUCCUCCUCGAAACCCUAACUAUGGAGGAAGCACUUGAAUUAGCGCGAGCUAAAGAUACCAAAGAAAGAAUGGCGGGAGUUGAACGUCUUCACCAACUUCUAGAAGCUUCUCGUCGUCCAUUAACGUCUUCUGAAGUUACUUCUCUUGUUGAUACUUGCAUAGAUCUCCUUAAAGAUAACAAUUUCAGAGUCUCUCAAGGUGGACUUCUUGCUCUCGCUUCUGCCGCUGUUCUUUCCGGUGACCACCUCAAAAUUCACUUCAAUGCGCUUGUUCCGGCUUCCGUUGAGCGUCUUGGUGAUGCUAAACAGCCUGUUCGCGAUGCCGCCAGGCGACUCUUGGUCACUCUUAUGGAGGUUUCUUCUCCUACAAUUAUUGUGGAAAGAGCAGGUUCCUAUGCUUGGGAGCACAAAAGCUGGAGAGUUCGGGAAGAAUUUGCACGCACAGUCACGUCAGCAAUCAAUUUGUUUGCAUCUACAGAGCUUCCACUACAGAGGGCCAUCCUUCCUCCUAUAUUGCAUAUGUUGAAUGACCCCAACCAUAGUGUCAGGGAAGCUGCAAUGUCCUGCAUCGAGGAGAUGUAUAUGCAGAUUGGGCCACAGUUUCAAGAGGAACUACAAAGGAAUCAACUUCCCUCGUAUAUGGUAAAAGAUAUAAAUUCGAGAUUGGAGAGGAUUGAACCAAAGCCACGAUCUUCUGAUGGUGCUUCUUCUGUUAGUAAUGUUACUGAACAUAAGGUGACAAAUCAUAAUCCUAAGCGGAGCAGUCCUAAAGCCAAGAAUUCUUCACGAGAGACAUCUCUUUUCGGAGGAGAUGGUGAUGUUACAGAAAAGGCAGUAGAACCUGUGAAAGUUUACUCAGAAAAGGAGCUUAUAAGGGAAUUUGAGAAGAUUGCUUCAACACUUGUUCCAGAAAAAGAUUGGUCUCAUCGUAUCGCAGCCAUGCAGAGAGUUGAAGCCCUUAUAUUUGGAGGUGCGGCGGAUUAUCCGUGUUUUCGGGGAUUGCUGAAGCAACUUAUUGGUCCUUUAAGCACACAGUUAUCUGAUCGGAGGUCAAGCAUAGUGAAGCAAGCUUGUCAUCUGCUGAACUUUUUGUCAAAGGAGAUGCUGGGGGACUUUGAGGCUUGUGCUGAGCAAUUUAUUCCUGUUCUAUUUAAGCUUGUUGUGAUAACUGUACUCGUAAUUGCAGAGUCUGCAGAUAACUGCAUCAAGACGAUGUUGCGUAACUGCAAAGUUGCCCGUGUACUCCCUCGAAUAGCAGAUUGUGCUAAGAACGACCGAAAUGCGGCGCUGCGUGCUAGGUGUUGUGACUAUGCACUGUUAGUGCUAGAACACUGGCCUGAUGAACCUGAAAUACAGCGAUCAGCUGAUCUGUAUGAAGAUAUGAUUAGACGUUGUGUGAGUGAUGCAGUGAGUGAGGUACGAACCACUGCAAGGUCUUGUUAUAGAAUGUUCGCAAAAACUUGGCCAGACCGUGCUAGAAGGCUGUUUCAAUCCUUUGAUCCUGUUAUACAGAGGAUUAUUAAUGAAGAAGAUGGGGGUUUACAUAGAAGACACGCGUCUCCUUCUGUUCGUGAAAGAAAUGUGCCAAUUACACCUCAAUCAUCUGCUCCUUUACAUUUGCCUGGAUAUGGAACUUCUGCUAUUGUUGCAAUGGAUAAGACUGCAACUUUACCCUCAAGAGCUUCCGUUUCAUCAGGGUUGCUUCUAUCAAAAUCUCUUGAUAAAGGAUCUGACCGUAGUUUGGAAAGUGUACUUAAUUCCAGUAAAGAGAAAGUUUCAGCAAUUGAAAGCUUGCUUAGAGGUCUAGAUUUGUCUUCAAAACAUAAUUCUUCGACUGUUCGAUCAUCUAGCCUUGAUCUAGGAGUUGACCCUCCAUCCUCUCGUGAUCCUCCAUUUCCUCUCGCUGUUCCUGCUUCAAAUCAAGUCACAAGCUUAUCAUUGGACGCAAAAUUGUCGUCAGUCAGAGAAAGUAACAACCGCAAUGGUGGCCUAAAUAUGUCUGACUUGUACUCUCAUGUACAUGCUUCAAAAGAUGCUGGUAAAUCAUCAUAUCGCAGUGGUCUCAUGAAUGAGCCAUCUUCAACAUUGAUGUCGUACUCGGCGAAGAGAGCUUCUGAAAGAGUACAAGAAAGAGGCUACAUGGAGGAGCAAAGUGAUUUCCGGGAUUCUAGGAGAUACAUGAACUCACACAUGGACCGGCAAUAUACCGAGACUCCCUAUAGAGAAGCAACUUAUAGAGAUUCUAGUUAUGUCCCAAAUUUUCAGAGGCCACUAUCAAGAAAGAAUGUCACAGGCAGAAGUACAUCUUCCAGCAGGAGGAGAAGUUUUGAUGACAGCCAUCUGCCUCUAGGGGAGACGCCAAGUUAUGUGGAAGGUCCUGCUUCUCUUCAUGAGGCUCUAGGUGAGGGACUUAGUCCAAGUUCUGACUGGUGUGCUAGAGUUGCUGCUUUCAACUAUAUAAGGUCUCUGCUUCAGCAGGGCCCUAGUGGUAUUCAAGACAUUGUUCAGAGUUUUGAAAAGGUGAUGAAACUCUUUUUUAAGCAUUUGGAUGAUCCCCAUCAUAAGGUCGCACAGGCAGCUCUUUUAACACUAGCAGAGAUAAUUCCCUCUUGUAGAAAGCCUUUUGAAAGUUACAUGGAAAGGAUCUUGCCACAUGUUUUCUCCAGGUUAAUUGAUCCAAAAGAGGUAGUUCGGCAGCCUUGUACAACAACAUUGGAUAUUGUGGGUAAAACUUAUGGGGUAGAUUCUUUGUUGCCGGCCUUACUUCGUUCACUGGAUGAACAGCGAUCACCUAAAGCAAAAUUGGCUGUAAUUGAAUUUGCAAUUGGUUCGUUUAACAAACAUUCAGUUACUCCUGAAGGUGCUAGUAACAUUGGCAUAUUGAAGUUGUGGCUUGGUAAACUGGCUCCCCUAGUUCAUGACAAAAAUACCAAACUUAAGGAAACUGCUAUUUCGUGUUUCAUAUCAGUUUAUACUCACUAUGAUCCCACAAAUGUACUGAUCUAUAUUCUUAGCUUAUCUGUUGAAGAGCAAAAUUUUUUGAGGCGAGCUCUCAAACAAUAUACGCCACGUAUAGAAGUGGAUCUGAUGAACUAUUUGCAGAGCAAGAAAGAGCGACAGCGUUCAAAGGCUGCUUAUGAUCCAUCCGAUAUGGUUGGGACGUCUUCUGAGGAGGGCUAUAUGGGAGUAUCAAAGAAAACCAACUAUUUUGGGAGAUUUCCUGCUAAUUCUCUUGACGGUGAAGGAGGCAGGAAAUGGAACUCAAUGUCAGAUUCUACAUAUUUAAGUGGUCGUACCAAUCAAGCUGUUGCUGACGAAAUGCAAGCAAACCUGUAUGAGAGUCUUGACACUGGAUCUAGUAAUGAUACACUAAGUUCAAAAAUCAAAGAUAAGUAUAUUGGGAAUAAUGCUGGGGAAAGUGUGGGAUCUUGGGCUAGCCGAUUGGAAAAUGUGCACAGUAGUGACAAUCCAGGUUUUGCGUCAUCUCCCCGUCUGGACAUCAAUGGACUAAAGAAGAGUUCUGAUAGCAUUGGGGUAGAUGCUGGCUUGCAGCCUGAAAAUGGUUUCCCAGAUGAGCUGGCUACGGGCCACACAAAAACUGAAUCUCUGAAGAUUGUCUCCAACUCAGAAACUGGUCCAAGCAUUCCACAAAUUCUCCACUCACUUUGCAACGGGGAUGAAGGAGGCUCUGUUGAUAGCAAGCAAAAUGCUGUUCAUCAAUUACUUGAAGCAUCCGUUUCUAAUGAUCCUUCCAUGUGGAGCAAGUACUUCAAUCAGAUUUUAACUGCUGUACUUGAGGUGCUAGAUGACCCCGAUUCUUCCGUUCGAGAAACUGUUCUAUUGCUGAUUGCUGAAAUGCUGAGAAAUCAGAAAGAAGCCAUGGAAGACUCUGUCGAAAUUGUAAUUGAAAAGCUGCUUCAUGUUUCAAAGGAUACCGUUCUCAAGGUUGCCAAUGAAGCAGAGAACUGCUUGACUACCUUGAUGGCCCAAUAUGACCCAUUUAGAUGCUUGAGUGUAAUUGCUCCCCUGUUAGUCUCCGAGGAUGAGAAAACCCUCGUUGCUUGCAUAAAUUGUUUGACAAAGCUUGUGGGCAGGUUGUCUCAAGAAGAACUGAUGGCAGAGUUACCCUCUUUCUUACCAGCUCUUUUUGAUGCAUUUGGAAAUCAAAGUGCUGAUGUCCGCAAGGUAAAAAGACAGUCGUAUUCUGUCUGGUGGACAUCUAUAUCAUGCUCGGGAAAACAUUCCUGCCAUAUCUAGAGGGACUUAAUAGUACCCAAUUGCGCUUGGUAACAAUUUAUGCUAACCGCAUCUCACAAGCUAGAACGGGAGCCCCUAUAGAUGCUAGCCAAUGAUGUCUUCAGUAUGGAGUUUUGGUAGUGUUCCAAAUUCAUUGUUGUGUAUUUUGUAUAUGGUGUGAAAAAUGCAAUCUGUUUGUGUGGGUGUAUCCAUUUGUGGCAUUAUGUUCCAGAAAUAUAGUUUUUGGUGUCCACCCUCUUGUUUGACGUUGGUGGGAGGUGGUUAUGUGGUGGUGAGUGGAAAGAAAUUGUAUGAAUUGUUUUUCUUGUCAAUAUUAAAUUAUUCUUUCGAAUCAUAGUCUGGUUUGAGUAUUGUACUGGCUUUGAAGUUUGAGGUUCUUCGGAAUGUAUAUACCUGUUCGUUAGUUGUU